AUGUCCCCAGGUAACCCUACUUGUCCCAAACACCUCCGCCCCAAUAUGUCCCCAGGUAACCCUACUUGUCCCAAACAUCUUCCCCCAAAAGUGUCCCCAGGUAACCCUACUUGUCCCAAAUAUCUUCCCCCAAAAGUGUUCCCAGGUAACCCUCCUUGUCCCAAACACCUUCCACCCAAAGUGUCCCCAGGUAACCCUUCUUGUCCCAAACACCUUCUCCCCAAUAUGUCCCCAGGUAACCCUCCUUGUCCCAAACACCUUCCACCCAAAGUGUCUCCAGGUAACCCUACUUGUCCCAAACACCUUCCACCCAAAGUGUCCCCAGGUAACCCUCCUUAUCCCAAACACCUCACCCCAAUAUGUCCCAAGGUAACCCUCCUUGUCCCAAACCUCCUCCCCAAUAUGUCCUCAGGUAACCCUUCUUGUCCCAAACACCUCCUCCCCAAUAUGUCCUCAGGUAACCCUCCUUGUCCCAAACACCUCCUCCCCAAUAUGUCCCCAGGUAACCCUCCUUGUCCCAAACACUUCUCCCCAAUAUGUCCCCAGCAAGCCUCCACAUCAACUACCCCACCUGUUGAGAUCCUCCUCCCUGCCUUCAACCCCCACCCUGUGAUUAGCCAGUGA